GCUUUCCAGGACGCCAGGUAAGUGUGCUUGCGUCUCUCCAUCUGCACUGGGCGUGUAUAAAUGGGGCUUAUUCGUGCGAAAUCACAUUUAACCGAAACACAGACAACGUACAACUUGAGCAGAGUCGGAGCAGUUGAAAAGCGUCCCAUCCAAACAGGCAAAUGGGGCUUUUUGACAAGCUUGCGGGGUGGCUGGGCCUGAAGAAGAAGGAAGUGAACGUGCUCUGUUUAGGUCUAGACAACAGUGGAAAAACUACCAUCAUCAACCAGCUAAAGCCAUCCAAUGCUCAGGCUCAAGACAUUGUCCCGACUAUAGGUUUCAGCAUAGAGAAGUUUAAGACCUCAAGUCUUUCUUUCACAGUGUUUGACAUGUCGGGGCAGGGCAGAUACAGAAAUCUGUGGGAGCACUAUUACAAGGAGGGUCAGGCCAUCAUAUUUGUGAUUGACAGUGGUGAUAAACUAAGAAUGGUGGUGGCCAAAGAAGAAUUGGAUACCCUUUUGAAUCACCCUGAUGUUAAACACAGAAGGAUACCUAUACUCUUUUUCGCCAACAAGAUGGACCUCAGGGAUGCACUGUCAGCGGUGAAGGUCUCCCAGCUCUUGUGUCUGGAAAGCAUUAAGGACAAACCGUGGCACAUCUGUGCAAGUGAUGCAGUGAAAGGCGAGGGUCUUCAGGAGGGGGUAGACUGGCUGCAAGAUCAAAUCAGAGUGAUGAAAACGUAAAACCCUCCUGAGAUAUAAAAACAGCCACGUCACCAGCUGCAAUGGCGGAGCCACGCGGAAAAGAUCUUCACCUUUUGUGCUGAGGUUAAAAUCAAUUAGGUUUGUAGUGUAAUAAAAUAUCUGGCUUUGAUUAUGGCCCUGUUUGCACUAGGUAGAUGAGGGGUGUCCGAACUCAGAGUUUAGAUGCAACCCUAAUUAAACACACGUGAUCCAGCUGAUCAAGUACUUCAGACAUGCGUAGUGUAUGUGUUUUAGCAGGGUUCAAUCUAAACUCUGCAGGACACCGGCCCUCCAGGACCGAGUUUGGACACCCCUGAGGUAGAUGAACAUCUGUCUCAACUGUUCUAAUCACACGCGGUCAGUCCAGACUUUUAUUUUAUUUAAUCCGAUUUCAGAAGUUUAACAUGUUAGCCCAAUAAUUGAUUGACAGAUUCUCUGUUGUCCAGGAAGCAUAAGAACGCAUUCAAAUCAAAAUGAAAACUUCAAUUUAGCCAUGUACAUUUGCCUCCAAAUGAGUAAGAUCAAAAGCACUUUUGAUCACCUGGACUGUAAUGCUAAAAUGAUUUGUGAAUGUGUAUUUGAUCUUGAUGAACACACACACACUACACUUAGGUCUUGGUGAAUUACACUACACUUCUUGGCUGCCAAUGCUGUAAUGUAUAUCUUUUGAGAAACUCACUGUAACAGGUUUCUCAGAAAGCAGAGCACAAGGACUAAUUUUCUAUCUUAGCUAUGUUUUUGAUUGGAUAGAAAACAAGCAGUGUGCAUUCCAUUGCUUUGAAAUGUCAUACCGGUCAAGCUUGUUACUGUAGCGAUACACAGUAGUGCUGUUUAGUCAUUAUUUUGCUAUGAUUUACUUUUCCGUGCAUUGUAUGCAUGUUGCCUCUGAAACAUUACGACAUCUCAAACGGUCACAAAGGAAAUGUUCAUCUUUGCUCUGGAGUUAUUUAUUUUCCUUAACCAUUUUGUUUUAAAAGCACAUGUUGCUGCAUUUUUGUCUUGUGUUUUGAUCAAGACAAAGUGCAUUUUCACGUAUUAAAUUAUUUUAUAAACCAACCAUUUCGCUGAUUUUCAGCUCUUUUUUUCCAGGCAGUUUUAUUCAUUAGUAAGAGAUCUUGUAAUAGAAUGUUUAACAAAUAAACUAAGUCUGUGUCUGCAUGAAGGCUAUCUCUGUACAGUAUA